AUGGCUUCCCGGCUGCAGCUCACCCGGAGCCGUUUGCUUCGUACACCAGCUCUAUCGCCCAACCGCAUCAUUCACCCUUCCCAGCGAUUACGUCUUAUCCCUCAGACGCGACCACUCCCUGCCCUCACCAGUAACGCCGUAUUCUCCCCGUCAAUCCUCGCAACGCGCAGCUAUGCCAAUGGAGGACGACCUCACCCGCCCGGAGGUACCCAUCGGAUGAACCUUGGGGGCGAGCCGGAGAAAUCUGCGCUCGAACAGUACGGCGUUGACCUUACUGCCAGAGCAAAGGCCGGAAAGCUGGAUCCGGUCAUUGGAAGAGAUUCUGAAAUCCACCGGACCAUUCAGGUGCUGUCGAGGCGGACCAAAAACAAUCCUGUCCUCAUCGGUGCGGCCGGUACUGGUAAAACAGCCGUCCUGGAGGGCCUGGCUCAGAGAAUUGUGCAAGGGGAUGUGCCCGAAAGCAUCAAGGACAAGCGCGUAGUGUCCUUGGACUUGGGCUCACUCAUCGCUGGAGCUAAGUUCAGAGGAGACUUCGAAGAACGACUCAAGUCGGUUCUUAAGGAGGUCGAGGACGCGCAAGGCGGUGUGAUCCUUUUCAUUGAUGAGCUCCAUACCUUGCUUGGCCUCGGAAAAGCGGAAGGCAGCAUUGACGCUAGCAACCUUUUGAAACCCGCGCUUUCCAGAGGCGAGCUUCAGUGCUGCGGCGCCACCACAUUGAACGAAUAUAGAUUGAUCGAAAAGGACGUCGCGUUGGCCCGACGAUUCCAGCCGAUUCAAGUCGGGGAACCCUCGGUCGCUGCGACAAUUUCCAUCCUGCGCGGCAUUAAAAAUAAAUACGAGGUCCACCACGGUGUGAGAAUUCUGGACAAUGCCUUGGUUGCCGCAGCAACUUACAGCAACCGCUACAUCACAGACCGCUUUCUUCCCGACAAAGCCAUCGAUCUAGUGGACGAGGCGGCCUCGGCCCUGCGAUUGCAACAGGAAUCCAAGCCCGAUGUAAUCCGAGAGUUGGAUCGUGAUAUCACCACCAUUCAAAUUGAACUCGAAUCUCUCCGCAAGGAAACGGACGUCAGUAGCCGGGAGAGACGUGAGAAAUUGGAGGAGGACCUCAAGGUCAAGAAGGAGGAAGCUGAGAAACUGACCGAGAUCUGGGACAAAGAGAAAGCGGAAAUUGAAUCGCUGAAGCGCACUAAGGAGGAACUAGAACAGGCCCGUUUUGAGCUGGAACAGGCCCAGCGGGAAGGAAACUUCGCCAGAGCCGGAGAGCUGCGAUACGCCACGAUACCGACUUUGGAGGCUAAGUUGCCCAAGGAGGGUGAGGAAAAAGAGUCAGGAGGAUCUCAGUCGUCUUUGAUCCAUGACUCUGUCACCGCUGAUGAUAUUGGAAAUGUCGUCUCUCGCACAACCGGUAUCCCUGUCAACAGACUCAUGGCCGGAGAAGUCGAGAAACUGAUCCACAUGGAAGACACGCUGCGGCAGUCUGUGCGUGGGCAAGACGAGGCACUUUCCGCUGUCGCCAAUGCCGUGCGUAUGCAACGAGCUGGCCUGAGUGGAGAGAACCGGCCCUUGGCAUCAUUCAUGUUCCUUGGUCCCACUGGUGUUGGAAAGACGGAGCUCUGCAAGAAGAUGGCCGAGUUCUUAUUCUCCACCGAGACGGCCGUAGUGAGAUUCGACAUGAGCGAGUUCCAAGAGAAACACACUAUCAGUCGCUUGAUCGGUUCUCCUGCCGGUUACGUUGGCUACGACGAUGCUGGUCAACUCACCGAAGCCGUGCGACGGAAGCCAUAUGCCGUGUUGCUGUUCGACGAGUUCGAAAAGGCUCAUCGCGAUAUUUCUGCUCUUCUACUGCAGGUGUUGGACGAGGGCUUCCUCACUGAUUCUCAGGGUCACAAGGUUGACUUCAGAAACACCCUUAUUGUCUUGACUUCCAACCUUGGUGCAGACAUUCUGGUGGGCGCGGACCCGCUGCAUUCCCACAAGGACUUGGGAGGUGAAGAACUCUCCCUUGAAAUCAAAAAGGCUGUCAUGGAUGUGGUCCAAUCUUCGUAUCCGCCUGAAUUCCUGAACCGUCUUGACGAGUUCAUUAUCUUUAGACGUCUGUCCAAGGAUGCUCUGAGGGACAUUGUCGACAUCAGAAUCAAAGAACUCCAGUCGCGACUUGAUGACCGACGCAUGAUUCUGCAAGUAGAUGAUGAAAUCAAGAACUGGCUGUGCGAGAAGGGAUAUGAUCCCAAGUACGGUGCUCGCCCUCUCAAUCGCUUGAUUUCCAAGGAAAUCGGCAACCGACUGGCCGACAGGAUCAUCCGUGGUGAGAUCACUUCCGGGCAGACUGCUCGUGUUUCAUUCAAUGCCGACAAGACGGCGCUUGCAAUCACACCGGAACCGGCAAAUGCUGAGGAUAUUCCAGAAGCCCCCGAAGCUUCAGAGGCCGAAAAGCCGUAA